CAUUCACUCACUCUUUCACACUCACAUUGUCUCACACACUCAUCUCACACUCACGCAGUGAAAUAGAAGAUAAUAAAAGACACUAGUGACAGUGAGGAGCUACUCACGGCUGUUGCUGUGCGGCUCUGGCUGCUCAGUGUUGGUGUCACAGCCCCCACUCUCCCAACCUCAACUCAACACUUCACCUGCACUUAAUCUGCACUGAUUGCCUCCCCCUCCCCCUGCCUGUCCCUGCCCACAGUGUGUGGGUGUGGGUGGGUGAGCUUCAGGAUGUGAGUUCAUACUGACCAAACGUAUCGUGUGGGUUUGAGGAACAGAUAAAUAAAUAGAAUAAAAAUCCUUACAUUUGAUCUAGAAAAUUCCAUCGCCCUGUCGCACAGUGGUUAGAGUACUUGCCUCGCAAGCAAGAGGACCUGGGUUCUAUUCCUGACCCUGACAUCAAUACCGUUGUCUUAUUUUCCUUCUCACAACACUAAGAUCAUCUAUUUGCACAUUCCUUUCCCACAUGACUGCACCAGCCUCAGCAAGGCUGUGAGAUAAGGGAAAGAUAGGAGACAACAUGCAUUAAUCAGGAAGCGGGGUCCCCCCCCAGAGAGCCAUGACGUCCUGCCCACUGGUGCUUUGCCCCUAUGACCCGAGUCACAAGAUCAGAAGCAGCCGCCUCCCCUACCACCUGGUGAAGUGCCGCAAAAAUCACCCGGAAAUGGCAAAGAUCCUGAGGGUUUGUCCCUACAACGCCCGACACCAGAUCCCUCACACAGAGUUCCAGCAGCAUGUGGCUCACUGUGCGGAUGGCAAAAAUCCUGGCAACGGAGAGAGUGCUGAAUGGAAGGUGAACCGCUGUCCAGUGGCCCCGGACAUCGGGAAGGCUGAGGAGAGGCCACCGUGUGCUGAGGACUGGGACCUGGAUGAGGAAGAGUCUACGCCUCCUUUCAUCUUUGGAGACGGCAAGUCUAGUGCCGGGAAAAUGUAGCGCAAGACCGAUCGCAGCCAGGACAUUGAUGCAGGAUUUAUUUUACCAACAAACCAGGGAUUUGGGAUUUUAAUCACGAACCAGGAUUUUAACUUUUGCUCUGUAUUCUUUAAAUUUUUAAGCCUAUCUCCCGUAGCUUCCCCCCACCCUCCUUACCCUCCUCACAGCCUCAGCCCGUGUGGGGCCAGACAUAAAGUUCAUACAGGAUUCCCAGCCCUUCCUCCAGGUUGCCAACCUUACCUUUUCCCCUGAUGUUACCAAGUAAUAAUAAUAAUAAUAAUAAUAAGUCCUUGCAUUUGAUUCAGCCCCUUGUCGCGUCGCUGAGACACAUCUUAAAGCGCUUCACAGGACCCAUUGCAAAAUACAUUGACGCUGUACUUUGUGGGCGAGAAACUUAGUCGCCCGAUUGUCACCGUUUCUGUGGUACCAUCACUUCUUUUUUAAUCUGCGUUCCAAAUUUGGGGAAUAAACUUUUAUUCUGCUUUCGUCA